GUCAGAGGCAGUCACAGCCAUUCCAUGGUGACAUCCCAGGGCACCUUGGGCUGCAAAGGCACCGAUCUGUCACAGGCACUCACGGGGGCUCCACGGUGACAUCCCAGGAGUCCCCAGGCUGCCAAAGAGCCGGGAUGUCCCAGACUGGCACAGGAGCUCCUGUCAUGGGCAGAGUGGGAGCUUCAGCAAAAGCUUUGUUUCUUUAUUGGAGAAACUCCUGCUGAGUCGUGAGGUGGAAAAAUGGCUUUGAUUUUGGUUACAGCAGAGUUCUCCCUUCUGACCAUCAUGUGCUACAACCGCUACAUGCCCAUCUGCAAAGCUCUGCACUACGGGACCCUCCUGGGCAGCAGAGCUUGUGCCCACAUGGCAGCAGCUGCCUGGGCCAGUGGCUUUCUCUUUUCACUGCUGAACCCAGCCAAUACAUUUUCCCUGCCCCUGUGCCAGGACAAUGCCCUAGGCCACUUCUUCUGUGAAAUCCCUCAGAUCCUCAAGCUCACCUGCUCCACAUCCUAUCUCAGGGAACUUGGGUUCAUUGCAGUUAGUGCCUGUUUAGGACUCGGAUGUUUUGUGUUCAUUGUUUUCUCCUAUGUGCAGAUCUUCAGCGCCGUGCUGAGGAUCCCCUCUGAGCAGGGAUGGCACAAAGCCUUUUCCACCUGCCUCCCUCACCUGGCCAUGCUCUCCCUGUUUGUCACCACUGGCACAUUUGUCUGCCUGAAGCCCCUCUCCAUCUCCUCCCCAUCCAUGGAACUGGCACUGUCAGUUCUGUACUCGGUGGUGCCUCCAGCCCUGAACCCCUCAUCUACAGCCUGA